AUGGCUCAUUUAAUCGCUGUAUUCCUGGCUACAAUCGCUGUAGCAAAUGCUGGUUUCAUCGACGCACCAGGACACUUGGCUUACACUGGAGAUUAUUAUGAUUUAGCAGGGUUGGGUAGAAAUUUCUAUGCCGGACCUGCACCAACUUAUGGUCUUCCUGUAGUAAAAAGCCCGUCAAAAACUGUGGAUUAUUCUUCGACUACAGUGCAUCCAGUGCCAACUCCUAUUUUCAACUAUGCACCAAUCCAGGCGACAUAUGGAGCACCUGCUCAAACUUAUGGGGCUCCUUUGAGUAUUCAAACACAUGUAUUAGGUAAACCGAUUGUGUCCAAGAAUUUCCAAUACGCCACAUCGACAGCCCAUCCUGUACCAGCUCCAGUAAUCAGCUACUCACCAAUUCAAACAACUUAUGGAGUACCAGCCCAAACUUACUCAGCACCAGUGUUCCCAAAACCGAUCAUUUCCAAGAACUUUGCAUACUCUUCAGCAGCUUUCCACCCUGUCGAGGCACCAGUCUUCAGCUACUCUCCAAUCCAAUCAACUUAUGGAGUACCCGAAGUGAGUUAUGAAGCACCUUUCACGACACAAGUUUCUUUCGAGGCACCAGUUAAUGUACCAGCAUCUUAUGGACCACCUGCUGAAACCCCAAACACACCAACAACCUUACCAGCUGUACCAGAGACAACAUCGAAACCAGAAACUUUACCAGCUGUACCAGCCUUCAGCGCACCUUACCCAUAA